AAAAUAUAUUCGAAACAUAGCCAUGAUCAGGGUACGUGAUGCUAGUAACCGAGCCUCCGGUCUAUGCAAUCAUCUGUAGUUGGAAAAAUGUCUCGACUCCUUCGACCGGUUGGAGCUCUGCUCAAAAAUUACUCCAACAGGACCGUCGUCCUCAAGCCUGCCAGAUGGUAUGGAGUUGCUGCCUCGGCCAGUUACGAACAGACCCUCCUGAAUGUCCCUCCAACCCGUGUAACAGUUUUGGACAAUGGCAUGAGGGUAGCUACUGAGGAUGCUGGGUCACCAACAGCUACAGUCGGAUUAUGGAUUGACACUGGAUCACGCUUUGAGACAGAUGCUAACAAUGGGGUAGCGCAUUUUCUUGAACACAUGGCGUUUAAGGGAACUGCCAAGAGAUCUCAAACUGAUCUCGAGUUGGAAGUAGAAAACAUGGGUGCACACCUCAAUGCUUACACUUCUCGCGAGCAGACUGUUUUUUAUGCCAAGUGUUUUGCUGGUGAUGUUCCCAAGGCAGUUGAACUCCUCUCCGACAUUAUCCAGAACAGCAAGUUCGGUGAGGUUGAAAUAGAGCGUGAACGUGGAGUGAUCUUGCGUGAGAUGCAGGAAGUCGAGAGCAACCUUCAGGAAGUAGUCUUCGAUCACUUACAUUCUGUAGCAUUCCAGGGUACUCCUUUAGGUCGGACAAUUCUUGGCCCAACCAAGAACAUUAAAUCCAUCAGCCGCAAAGAUCUGGUAGAUUACAUCGAAACCCACUACAAGGGCCCACGCAUUGUCCUGGCUGGUGCUGGUGGUGUAGAUCAUGCAUCACUUGUAAAACUGGCUGAGGACCACUUCAGGGGUCUUGGAGGGUCUUAUGUUGGAGAUGUCCCUGAAGUUGCUCCAUGUCGUUUUACUGGUUCUGAAAUCCGUGUCCGUGACGACAGUAUGCCACUAGCACACAUUGCAAUGGCAGUUGAAGGUGCAGGAUGGGCAGAUCCAGACAACAUCCCACUCAUGAUUGCAAACACCAUCAUUGGCUCCUGGGACAGGUCUCAUGGUGGUGGUGCUAACAAUGCAUCUAACCUUGCCCAGGCUGCAGUUUUAGGGAAUCUCUGCCACUCCUUCCAGUCUUUCAAUACGUGUUACAAGGACACUGGUCUUUGGGGACUGUAUUUUGUAUGCGAACCUUUGAAAAUUGAGGACUUUGUCUUCAAUCUUCAAUCUGAGUGGAUGAGGCUUUGCACCAACGUAACAGAAUUUGAGGUUGAGCGAGCAAAGAACAUUUUGAGGACAAACCUCUUGCUGCAGCUUGAUGGCACCACCCCAAUUUGUGAAGACAUCGGGCGCCAGAUGCUCUGCUACAACAGACGUAUUCCAUUGCACGAACUUGAUGCCAGAAUUGAGGCUGUGACAGCUGAGGUAGUAAGAGACACAUGCUACAGCUACAUCUAUGACAAGUGCCCUGCCAUUGCUGCUGUCGGGCCCUGCGAAGCUCUUCCUGACUACAACCGUAUUCGCUCCAGCAUGUACUGGUUGAGGGUAUAAGAGUAUUUAAAAUAAUGCUAGACUGUAAGCAAUUUCAGGCCUGUUUUGUUUUCAAUGUCAUCAGAUCUAUUUGGCUCUAUAGUAUUUAUUUUCAUUCCAUGUAUUCUCAGAUUGAGGAGUCAACUACAGUGUCUUUUUGUAUUGUGGCACAGUUUUGUGUACAUAGAAUUAUUGUACUGUACAUACGUAAAAGAUUAAUAAUAAAGAUGUAAAGUAUA